AUGGAGACCAUGGACACACAGGCAUGGCUUGACUCAGAUGAGGAUUGGGAGAUGCAGAGCGAUCAUGGCGCAAGUGGCACUGCCCGGGAUCUAUUUCCAAGUGAUUGCUCUGACCAGAUGUCCAUCACCACCAUUCAGUCCGAAGUUGUUUUAAGCAACAAGGAAAAGCUCUUCGAUCUAGCUUUCAAGGAGUUCAAGAGUCAUGGGGGUGUCCGGCAAUAUCUGCAUCGUAUGUUUCCAGAUGUGGGUGCACGAGCUGAAGAUUUGGCAAAGGUGCUGCAGAAUGCAAUCCCCAAGUCACAGGAUGUGGACUAUGUUGAAAACUAUCCCUUGCCUUCUUGCUUUCCAGGACAGCAGGAGUCGCAUCCCGCCUUCGUGGUUCCACUGUGGCUUUUUAGCGUUCAGAAUGAAUCAAGCCUAAGGGAGCCGACGGCAUUGGACAUCUCAGGAAAGCUUCUUCAGCAGUAUGCCACUGACGGGUUUGUGACACAAGGUGAACCAGUGAUGCUACGGGUUCAGGAUGAUGCAGUGGUUCUUUCCAAGACAGCAGUUCCACCCGGAUCUUUGUGGUUCUUGAAAGGGGCUGCAAGGGUGCACACGGUUAUGGCCUUGGUGGUCUACUUGGUCAAGCACACAAACUGCACUCUUCAGGUUACUGACCCCUUGCUUUACAAGACCUUGUCUGCGAUCCAGUGCAAGCACAUGCGUUUGCAAAACAAGCAAGCGGAGCUGAAUGAUGAAGCUUCACGGGACGAUCGGCUGGCUGGUGCCAAAAAAAAUUCGGUGACAUCCAUCUUGGAUCUUCCCAAUCAAUGUCGUGAAGUCUUACUGGCAACAGUGAGUGAGUUUGGCUUUGAUGGUUCCCCCUACACUGAUGACAAUCUCGGCAGCAAGAAGUACCUCCCCGGGUAUUCCUUCAAAGGGCGCGCAGUGCCCCGCAAGUCCCCAUGGGUGGAACGAGGCAAAGUUACUAAGGACAGUUGCCUGGCUAUGUUUACCAUGAUCCACAGCCAGCACUGCAAGAAUCCAGACCGCAAGUUGCUGAAGGCCCAUCUGGAGGAGAAAGCUGAGAUUUGCGCGUUGGCUUGUGCUUUGAUCCAGGAGGUUGCGGCGGAAGUCCCAAACUCUGAGAAAGAACUUCGGGACCGGUAUUUGUCCAAACUUCAUGCUGGGGAUGCGAUUGUGGAAACCGAGCUGCGGAGUGCUCUGAUGACAAAAAGUGAAAAGUAUGUUGCCCGAGACAACACAAGUAUUGCGAGCAUCCUGAAUGACAUGGGUGGCAAAAGUGGCCCAGACGGUACUUCCAUAGAAUUGCAAUCGGCAGUGGAAAUUGGAGAGCAAAAGGUUGCCCAUCAGGCCUACCAGUUGUUGAUGACGGAGUUGGACUUUGAUGUGAAGAGUUGGCGAGUUCACCAGCGAAAACUGAAGGAAUAUGACGUACGACUCUAUCACCAGAAGGAUCGGUGGCAAAUCGAUAGGCACCAGGCAGCCAAAGCAGGAGCGGCGAAGAUUCUGGACAAAAAGGUUUUCACCAUCACCUGGCCUGAGAAGAUCCUGCCCGGCACAGCCGUAGAGAUUGUGCAAACUAUGGCGGCUGAUUCCAAGGCAUGGGCUCACACCCUCAAGUGCAACCAUGUUAAUGACAAGAUGAAUGAAUGGGUGUGGCGAAACUGUGCCCUUGCUAAGAACGGGAGAAACCUUGAUGAACCUGCUCAGCUGUCACAGAAGGACCUGAUCCAGAUUGAGGAAGCUGACAAGCUCCCGCUUUCAAAUGUUGAUGACCGAGUGCGUGGUGGAACAAAGUAUGCGCAGGUUGGAAAAGAUGCGGCCCUUUCGUUGUUGAAGAGCAUGACUGAAGGAGUGACCUGGUCCUCAGCGACCUGCCUGUACAUCAUUGACUACGUCCCCGUGGUUGGUGAUUUCGCACAUGCGGCUUUGAUGCUCAGUUCUUCCUUGAAUAUCCCUGUGCGAUAUGCAGCACUGCUUGAUUCUUCCCAUGAGGAAUGGCUUUCCGACAGCUUGAUGCAGAGUUUGACUGACCAGCUCUUGGCAGGACAAGUACAACCCCCGAAUGGCAUCACCAUUCCAGCGGCAGAUCCACCUCCUGAGCACAUGGACCAAAAACCUGACCCACCCCAAAUGAAGAAGAUGACUUUCAUCAAGGUGGAUGGUGAAGUUGCUGGAAUCCAGGUUCCCGAUCAGGUUCAAAAACAGUGGCAUUCCAACCCAGUUCAUGGCACCGAAUUCCGGGCUUGGAUGGAAACGUUCAAUGAGGAAUUUCCCAAACCAGAAAAAAAGGGGGCCAAACGAAAUGCGUCGGCAGCGGCAGGAACCACCAAUACCCCCAACAAAGUGCAGAAAGUUGGGGCAAAACCAAUUGACAUGUCGAUGUUUGGGCCACUGCUUCGGGAGAAGGGGAAGGAGCCUGAGGAAACAGUGUUGCAAAGGGUCAACCUCCUCAACCUUUCCAACAUUGAUCUUGUCAUCCAGACUGGGGCCAUCUUUGUGACCAAUGUUGGUGAACAGAAAGUGUGCAUUCCAGAGGGUACCAGCAUUUGCGGGUUCGGCCGGGGCAAUUUUCGAUUUGGUGGUGAGCAGACGGCUGCUCAAGACCAUGAGAUUCACUACUUGAUCAAGUCAGCAGACCAAAUUGUGAUCAUGGAUGGGCGCGCGCAUUACCUUGGUGACCUUUUGGAGGCCCAGCGGUUGAAAGCCCCCGAUAAGCCAGGUCUUCAGUACUACGAGGCGACACUGGAGAAGGUAGAGCAGAAGUGGGAAUUGAAAAAGGUGAAAGACUUGCUGUUCACACCGCGCAUGGAUGAGGCCCUGCAGCCAAAUGGCCAUGUGACGAGCCUGGGACUUUGGGUUCCUGAGGCGGUGGGGGUGCCAGACUCUGCUGGUGCCCCUUAUAUGAUCAUCCGUGUUGCGUUUCCCGAGCCAAUAGUAGGAAGAAGGACGAGGUGCACCUUGCACAAGGAGUGGCCAGAAUACAAGGCCUUCAAGGCGUGCUUUCCGCGAUCUGAAGAGCAGCCUAUGACGCCGGACUUGCGGGCAUUGGACUUGGGACGAAGUUGCCUGAGCUCGUGGCGGCCCAGCGUGGCGCGUAUGGCUUGUGAGCAAGGACAGAUUUUCGAGACUGUGGAGCUGGAGGCCAUCCCAGGAAUGUCACAAAGGAACUGCUCACUGGUUGUGGUGGCCACCGGCCACCACCCACCGGGUGGUGGUGUGGGGUUGAAGGCGGUGUCCACUCUAAUGAAGAAACGCUUCCUUGGAUCUACUAGUGUACUGGUGUAG